AUGGAUGCUGCCCAAAAUGGGAAGGGUGGAGUAUUUUUUUUGUAUGGGUAUGGUGGGACUGGCAAAACAUUUGUUUGGAAGACUUUAGCAGCUGCAUUGAGAUCUAAAUCACAAGUUGUUCUUACUGUUGCAUCAAGUGGUAUUGCAUCUCUUUUAUUACCUGGGGGUAGGACAACACAUUCACGUUUUUCAAUCCCACUCAAUCUAGAUGAAUUCUCAACAUGCAAUAUAAGACAAGGAAGUGCAUUGGCCGAGCUGUUGAUAAAGACAAAGCUUAUCAUUUGGGAUGAGGCUCCUAUGGUAAAUAGAUUCUGUAUUGAAGCUCUUGAUAGGACAAUGCGUGACAUCUUAAGAUUCAAGAAUCCAAACAGUCUUCACCAGCCAUUCGGUGGGAAGACAGUUGUUUUUGGGGGUGAUUUUCGACAGAUAUUGCCGGUGAUCCCUAAAAGGACUCGGCAAGAGAUUGUUAAUGCCACUAUAAACUCAUCUUACAUCUGGAAUGAAUGCCCAACCGAGUCUAACAACGACUUAUUGGCGUCCAUUCACACACCUGAAUUCCUGAAUACAAUUAGAUGCUCAGGAGUGCCCAAUCAUGAGCUGACAUUAAAGAUUGGAACUCCUAUCAUGCUUUUAAGGAACAUUGACCACUCAGCAGGAUUGUGCAAUGGAACACGUUUGGUUGUCACCAAGAUUGAAAAACACAUUAUAGAAGCACGUGGUAGUGCCGGAAAGAACAAAGGUCAGAAAGUCUUUAUUCCUAAGAUGACUCUAAGUCCUUCCGAUCAUCGAAUACCAUUUAAGUUCCAACGAAGACAAUUUCCUAUAAUGGUCUCAUACACGAUGACUAUAAACAAGAGCCAAGGGCAAUCAUUAGCAAAUGUUGGAUUAAUUCUGAAAAAACUUGUUUUCACCCACGGUCAGCUUUAUGUUGCAGCAUCUAGGGUGACACACAGGGGAGGUCUUAAGAUACUUUUAUGUCAUGAUGAAGAUAACUGUGCAGAGACCGACAAUGUUGUUUUUAAAGAAGUUUUUAGAAAUGUGGCUUAA